UCAAAGUACUUUAAGUUUCCCAAAGAAGAAAUUAGAAUCUUCACUACCAGAAAUUCACGGAAUCAAUUUACUACAGCGUUCAGUGCGCAAACCAGAAGAUUAAAUGAAUUGGUUAUCCGGUCCAGUAGAGAGAAAUCAUCAACCGAAGAAUAUGACAGAGAAAACCAAUUACAGAAAAAUAUAACAUUGAUUAAGAAUGAAGUUCAGAGGCGAUGCUUUCUCCUAGGAAGUAUGAUACGAGAUUGGUUAUUUCCAUCUGAUUACCAAGAAUAUGACUACGUGUAUUAUGACCAACCAAAGUCUGAACCUGAAAAGCCUCCACCACCCAAAUCUAAACCGCCACCGCCACCAAAACCUAAACCUCCGAAAAAGAAAAAACCUGCGACACCAGCACCUCCUGCGCCGCUUCCGCCUCUACCACCACUUCCGCCACUGCCACCACUUCCGCCUCUUCCACCUGCUCCACCACUCCCUUCGGUAGCGCCCCUCCCCCAACUCCCACCUGCACCCCCUCUUCCUCCUGUUCCGCCACAACAGACUAUGUACCCUAAAAAAUCGAAGACAAUGUUGCCGACAACUCUAAUAAAAACGAAAUUUGAAAAAGAAAUUACGACAAUAACAAAUGUGCCCACUACUACUCCGAAAACGACGACAACAAUCGAACCGACUACAACUCCCAAAACGACUACAAUUUUACCAACUACAACUCUGAAAACAACACCCAAGGUAGAAACGACAACAACAGUUCAGCCGACCACAACUCCGAAAACAACAACAACAACAGUUAAACCGACAACAACUCCAAAAACGACUACAAUUUUACCAACUACAACUCUGAAGACAACAACAACCAAGGUUGAAACGACAACAACAGUUCAGCCGACCACAACUCCGAAAACAACAACAACAACAGUUAAACCGACAACAACUCCAAAAACGACUACAAUUUUACCAACUACAACUCUGACGACAACAACAGUUCAGCUAACCACAACUCCAAAAACGACAACAACAAUCGAACCGACUACAACUCCCAAAACGACUACAAUUUUACCAACUACAACUCUGAAGACAACAACACCCAAGGUAGAAAUGACAACAACAGUUCAGCCGACCACAACUCCGAAACCAACAACAACAACAAUUGAACCGACUACAACUCCUGAAACGACAACAACAAUUGAACCGACCACAACUCCCAAAACGACUACAAUUUUACCAACUACAAUUCUGGAGACAACAACACCCAAGGUAAAAAACACAACAACAGUUCAGCCGACCACAACUGCCAAAACAACUACAAUUUUACCAAGUACAACUCUGGAGACAACAACACCCGAUCUAGAAACGACAACAACAAUUGAACCAACCACAACUUCAAAAACGACUACAAUUUUACCAAGUACAACUCUGAAGACAACAACACCCGAGGUAGAAACGACAACAACAGUUCAGCCGACUACAACUCCGAAAUCUACAACAACAAUUGAACCGACCACAACUCCUAAAACGACUACAAUUUUACCAACUACAAGUCUAAAGACAACAACAGUUCAGCCGACAACAACAAUCGAACCGACUACAACUCCCAAAACGACUACAAUUUUACCAACUACAACUCUGAAAACAACACCCAAGGUAGAAACGACAAUAACAGUUCAGCCGACCACAACUCCGAAAACGACAACAACAAUUGAACCGACCACAACUCCUAAAAUGACUACAAUUUUACCAAUUACAACUCUGAAGACAACAACACCCAAGGUUGAAACGACAACAACAGUUCAGCCGACCACAAGUCCGAAAACAACAACAACAACAACAGUUAAACCUACAACAACUCCAAAAACGACUACAAUUUUACCAACUACAACUCUAACGACAACAACAGUUCAGCUGACCACAACUCCGAAAACGACAACAACAAUCGAAACGACUACAACUCCCAAAACGACUAAAAUUUUACCAACUACAACUCUGAAGACAACAACACCCAAGGUUGAAACGACAACAACAGUUCAGCCGACCACAAGUCCGAAAACAACAACAACAACAGUUAAACCUACAACAACUCCAAAAACGACUACAAUUUUGACAACUACAAGUCUAAAGACAACAACAGUUCAGCUGACCACAACUCCGAAAACGACAACAACAAUCGAACCGACUACAACUCCCAAAACGACUACAAUUUUACCAACUACAACUCUGACGACAACAGUUCAGCUGACCACAACUCCGAAAACGACAUCAACAAUCGAACCGACUACAACUCCCAAAACGACUACAAUUUUACUAACUACAACUCUGACGACAACAACAGUUCAGCCGACUACAACUCCGAAAUCUACAACAACAAUUAAACCGACCACAACUCCUAAAACGACUACAAUUUUACCAACUACAAGUCUAAAGACAACAACAGUUCAGCCGACCACAACUCCGAAAACGACAACAACAAUCGAACCGACUACAACUCCCAAAACGACUACAAUUUUACCAACUACAACUCUGAAAACAACACCCAAGGUAGAAACGACAACAACAGUUCAGCCGACCACAACUCCCAAAACGACUACAAUUUUACCAAGUACAACUCUGAAGACAACAACACCCGAUCUAGAAACGACAACAACAAUCGAACCGACCACAAGUCCAAAAACGACUACAAUUUUACCAACUACAACUCUGAAGACAAUAACACCCGAGGUAGAAACGACAACAACAGUUCAGCCGACUCCAACUCCGAAAACGACAACAACAAUUGAACCAACCACAACUUCAAUAACGACUACAAUUUUACCAACUACAACUCUGAAGAGAACAACCGAGGUAGAAACGACAACAACAGUUCAGCAGACCACAACUCCGAAACCAACAAGAACAACAAUUGAACGGACCACAACUCCAAAAACGACUACAAUUUUACCAACUACAACUCUGACGACAACAACAGUUCAGCUGAUUACAACUCCGAAAACGACAACAACAAUCGAACCGACUUCAACUCCCAAAACGACUACAAUUUUACCAACUACAACUCUGAAAACAACACCCAAGGUCGAAACGACAACAACAGUUCAGCCGACCACAACUCUGAAAGCGACAACAACAAUCGAAACGACUACAACUCCCAGAACGACUACAAUUUUACCAACUACAACUCUGAAGACAACAUCACCUAAGGUAGAAACGACAACAACAGUUCAGCCGACUACAACCGCGAAAACGACAACAAUUGGACCGAUCACAACUCCAAAAACGACAACAAUUUUACCUACUACGACUCUGAAGACCACAACACCCAAGGUCGAAAUGACAACAACAGAUCAGCCGACGACAACGCCAAAAACGACAACAACAAUCGAAGCGACUACAACUCCCAGAACGACUACAAUUUUACCAACUAAAACGACGAAGACAACAUCACCUAAGGUAGAAACGACAACAACAGUUCAGCCGACUACAACCCCGAAAACUACAACAAUUGAACCGACCACAACUCCCAGAACGACUACAAUUUUACCAACUACGACUCUGGAGACCACAACACCCAAGGUCGAAACGACAACAACAGUUCAGCCGACGAUAACUCUGAAAAGAACAACAACAACAGUUAUACCGACAACAACUCCAAAAAUGACUUCAAUUUCACCAACAACAACUCUAAAGACAACAACAGUUCAGCCGACCACAACUCUGAAAGCGACAACAACCAUCGAACAGACUACAACUCCCAAAAUGACAAAAAUUUUACCAACUACAACUCUGAAGACCACAACACCCAAGAUCGAAACGACAACAACAGUUCAGCUGACUACAACUCUGAAAACGACAACAACAAUUGAACCGACCACAACUCCCGAAACGGCUACAAUUUUACCAACUACAACUCUGAAGACAAGAACAGUUCAGCCGACCACAACUUCGAAAACGACAACAACAAUCGAACAGACUACAACUUCCAGAACGACUACAAUUUUACCAACUACAACUCUGAAGACAACAACACCCAAGGUAGAAACGACAAUAACAGUUCAGACGACCACAACUCCGAAAACGACAACAAAAAUCGAACAGAGUACAACUCCCAGAACGACGACAAUUUUACCAACUACAACUCUGAAGACAACAACAGUUCAGCUGACUACAACUCUGAAAACGACAACAACAAUUGAACCGACCACAACUCCCGAAACGACUACAAUUUUACCAACUACAACUCUGAAGAUAACAACACCCAAGGUAGAAACGACAAUAACAGUUCAGACGACCACAACUCCGAAAACGACAACAACUAUUGAACCAACCACAACUCCCAGAACGACUACAAUUUUACCAACUAGAACUCUGAAGACAACAACAGUUCAGCUGACUACAACUCUGAAAACGACAACAACAAUUGAACCGACCACAACUCCCGAAACGGCUACAAUUUUACUAACUACAACUCUGAAGACAAGAACAGUUCAGCCGACCACAACUUCGAAAACGACAACAACAAUCGAACAGACUACAACUUCCAGAACGACUACAAUUUUACCAACUACAACUCUGAAGACAACAACACCCAAGGUAGAAACGACAAUAACAGUUCAGACGACCACAACUCCGAAAACGACAACAAAAAUCGAACAGAGUACAACUCCCAGAACGACGACAAUUUUACCAACUACAACUCUGAAGACAACAACAGUUCAGCUGACUACAACUCUGAAAACGACAACAACAAUUGAACCGACCACAACUCCCGAAACGACUACAAUUUUACCAACUACAACUCUGAAGAUAACAACACCCAAGGUAGAAACGACAAUAACAGUUCAGACGACCACAACUCCGAAAACGACAACAACUAUUGAACCAACCACAACUCCCAGAACGACUACAAUUUUACCAACUACAACUCUGAAGACAACAACAGUUCAGCUGACUACAACUCUGAAAACGACAACAACAAUUGAACCGACCACAACUCCCGAAACGGCUACAAUUUUACCAACUACAACUCUGAAGACAAGAACAGUUCAGCCGACCACAACUUCGAAAACGACAACAACAAUCGAACAGACUACAACUUCCAGAACGACUACAAUUUUACCAACUACAACUCUGAAGACAACAACACCCAAGGUAGAAACGACAAUAACAGUUCAGACGACCACAACUCCGAAAACGCCAACAAAAAUCGAACAGAGUACAACUCCCAGAACGACUACAAUUUUACCAACUACAACUCUGAAGACAACAACAGUUCAGCUGACUACAACUCUGAAAACGACAACAACAAUUGAACCGACCACAACUCCCGAAACGACUACAAUUUUACCAACUACAACUCUGAAGAUAACAACACCCAAGGUAGAAACGACAAUAACAGUUCAGACGACCACAACUCCGAAAACGACAACAACAAUGGAACCGACUACAACUCCCAGAAUGACUACAAUUUUAUCAACUACAACUUUGAAGACAACAAUACCCAAGGUAGAAACGACAACAACAGUUCAGCCGACUACAACUCCGAAAACGACAACAACUAUUGAACCAACCACAACUUCAAAAACGACUACAAUUUUACCAACUACAACUUUUAAGACGACAACACCCAAGGUAGAAAGAACAACAACAACAGUUCAGCUGACUACAACUCUGAAAACGACAACAACAAUUGAACCGACCACAACUCCCGAAACGACUACAAUUUUACCAACUACAACUCUGAAGACAACAACACCCAAGGUAGAAACGACAAUAACAGUUCAGACGACCACAACUCCGAAAACGACAACAACAAUGGAACCGACUACAACUCCCAGAAUGACUCCAAUUUUAUCAACUACAACUCUGAAGACAACAAUACCCAAGGUAGAAACGACAACAACAGUUCAGCCGACUACAACUCCGAAAACGACAACAACUAUUGAACCAACCACAACUUCAAAAACGACUACAAUUUUACCAAUUACAACUUUUAAGACUACAACACCCAUGGUAGAAACGACAACAACAGUUCAGCUGACUACAAAUCUGAAAACGACAACAACAAUUGAACCGACCACAACUCCCGAAACGACUACAAUUUUACCAACUACAACUCUGAAAACAACAACACCCAAGGUAGAAACGAUAAUAACAGUUCAGACGACCACAACUCCGAAAACGACAACAAAAAUCGAACAGAGUACAACUCCCAGAACGACUACAAUUUUACCAACUACAACUCUGAAGACAACAACAGUUCAGCCGACCAUAACUCCGAAAACGACAACACCAUUCGAACAGACUCCAACUUCCAAAACGACUACAAUUUUACCAACUACAGAUCGGAAGACAACAACAUCCAAGGUAGAAACGACAACAACAGUUCAGCUGACCACAACUCCGAAAACGACAACAACAAUGGAACCGACUACAACUCCCAUAAUGACUACAAUUUUAUCAACUACAACUCUGAAGACAACAAUACCCAAGGUAGAAACGACAACAACAGUUCAGCCGACUACAACUCCGAAAACGACAACAACUAUUGAACCAACCACAACUUCAAAAACAACUACAAUUUUACCAACUACAACUUUUAAGACGACAACACCCAAGGUAGAAAGAACAACAACAACAGUUCAGCCAACUAUAACUCCAAAAACGACUACAGUUUUGCCAACUACAAUUCUAAAGACUACAACACUCAAAGUAGAAACGACAACAACAGUUGAGCCAACUACAACUCCAAAAACAACGACACAAGAGGUAGAAACGAUGACAGCAGUUCAGCCGACUACAACUCCAGAAACGACAACAAUUUUGCCAAUUACAACUCUAAAGACGACAAUGCUUCAAGUAGAAACGACAACUAUCCAGCCGAUUACAGCAGUAAAAGGAGAAUCGAUAUCUUCAGUUCAGCUGUCUACAAGUCCAAAAGCGACCAUACUGAAAGAAGCAACGACAACAAAAGUUUUGCUAACUACAACUCCAAAAACGACUACACGGAUAAUUGAAACGACAACAUUUUUACCAACUACAACUCUUAAGACAACAACACUAAAGAAAGAAACGACAAAAACUAUUUCUCCAACUACAACUUUGAGAAUGACAAGUCAGCCGACUACAACUCCGACACCGACAACACAAAAGCUUGAAACAACACUAAUUUUCCCGACUACGACUUCCAAAACGACAUCUUUCAAGGAAGAAACGAGAACAACAACAGUUUUGCCGACUACAGUUCCAAUAUCAACAAUACUCAAAGUAGAAACGAUAACUUCAACGGUUUUGCCGCCUACGACUUCAAAAACAACAACACUUAAGGAAGAAACGACAACACCAAUGAUUCUGCCAACUACGACUGCAAAGAAAGCAACGAUACUACCGACUACAAUUCAGAAAAAAACAACAUUGAAGGAAGAAACGACGACAACAACAGAUCUGCCGACUACACCUACUAUAACAACAAAGGUAGAAACGACAGCAACAACCGUUCUGCUGACUACAACUGAGGUAACAGUUGAAGAGAAAACGUCGACAUUUUUACCUACUACAACCGGGGAAUCAUCGACAUCUAAACAAGAAACUUCGACAACGUUUCUGCCGACUACAACCGAGACAAAGACAACACUUAAGGAAGCAACGUCCACGACGUUUCUUCAAACUAUAACCGAGACAAAAACAACGUUUAAAGAAGAAACGGCCACGACAACAGUGCUGCCGACCACAACCGAGACAACCUCAAGUUCUGAAGAGGUCACGUUGACAACAACGUUACUGCUGACUACACCCGAGAGAACCACAGAUCUCAAUAAAGAGACUUCAACGGCGUUUCUGCCGACGACAACUGGGACAACAACAACACUUGAAGAAGAAACAUCUAUGACAACAGUGCUGCCGACUACAGCCGAGACAACCUCAACUUCUGAAGAGGUCACGUUGACAACAACGUUACUGCUGGCUACACCUGCGAGAUCAACAGCACUCACUGAAGAGACUUCAACGACGUUUCUACCGACUACAACUGAGACAACAACAACAUUUGAAGAAGAAACACUUCAACGACGUUUCUACCGACUACAACUGAGGAAACAACGACAUUUGAAGAAGAAACGUCUACAACAAUAGUGCUGCCGACUACAACCGAGACAACCUCAAGUUCUGAAGAGGUAACGUUGACAACAACGUUAUUGCUGACUACAACUGAGACAACAACAAUACUUGAAGAAGAAACGUC